GUUAAAUAAAGUCUUCUAUGGGCUUCCAUACCUUAUGACCAUCAUACCCAAAGAGGAAAGAGGAAGGGAGGAGUUCACAGUCACAGAAACUGAAAGUACCGUAACUCAACACCACUACAGUCGAGACAACUUAAGACUUUUGCAAAACAGCUUUUGGCAUUUCUCGAAAGUACAACAGAAUCUGAGUACAACUGACAUGGCAGCAGCCAGCAGUCUCCUCUCUGAAGAUCAGUUUCUGUGCUCCAUCUGUCUGGAUGUGUUCACUGAUCCAGUCACUGUACCAUGUGGACACAACUUCUGCAAGAACUGCAUCACAGACCACUGGAACAUUAAUGUCCACUGUCAAUGUCCCAUGUGUAAGAAAUGUUUUGACAGAAGACCUGAGCUGUAUGUCAAUACUUUCAUUUCUGAGAUGGUUGCUCAGUUCAGACAGUCAUCAGUAAAGGAAAGCAGCUGCAGCUCAGGGCAACAAGGAGCCAAACCAGGAGAAGUUCUCUGUGAUGUCUGCACAGACACCAAAGUGAAGGCCCUGAAGUCCUGCCUGGUGUGUCUGACCUCCUACUGUGAGACUCACCUGGAGCCUCAUCGGAGAAUCCCAGGACUGAAAAGACAUCAGCUGAUCGAUCCUGUGAAGAACCUAGAAAGGAGGAUGUGUAAGAAACAUGAUAGACCUUUGGACCUGUUCUGUGAGACUGACCAAAUGUGUGUGUGUCGGUUCUGCACAGAAACAGAUCACAAGCUUCAUCACACUGUUGCUCUGGAAGAAGAAUUCGAAAGAAAGAAAGCUGAGUUGGGAAAGACAGAUACUGAAGUUCAGCAGAUGAUUCAGGAAAGACGCCUGAAGAUUCAGGAGGUCAAACAGUCAGUUAAGCUCAGUAGGGAAGGUGCAGACAGAGAGACAGCAGUCAGUGUGAAGGUCUUCACUGCUCUCAUCCAGUCUGUUCAGAAAGGCCUGGCUCAGCUCACCAAUGUGAUUGAAGAGACACACAAAACAAGAGAGAAACAGGCUGAAGUCUUCAUCCAAGAACUGGAAGAGGAAAUCUCUGAGCUGAUGACCAGAAGUGCAGAAGUGGAGCAGCUCUCACGCACUGAAGACCAUCUCCAGUUCCUCCAAAGCUUCCCAUCCCUGAACCCUGUUCCACCCACCAAAGACUGGACAAAGGUCAGAGUGCGCUCGUCUUAUGAGGGGGCUGUGAGGAGAGCUGUGGCUCAGCUGGAGGAGACACUCAGUAAGGAGAUGGAGAAGCUGCAUGCUUAUGCUGAAAUAAAAAGGGUCCAGCAGUAUGCAGUGGAUGUGACUCUUGAUCCUGAUACUGCAAAUCCCUUUCUCAUCCUGUCUGAUGAUGGGAAGCAAGUCAGUCAUGGGAAUGUAAAGCAGAAUCUUCCAUGCAGCUCUAAGAGGUUUCGCUGUUACUCUAUCUUUGGAAAGCAGAGUUUUUCUUCAGGAAGAUUUUACUAUGAAGUUCAAGUUAAAGGGAAGACUUCCUGGAUUUUAGGAGUGGCCAGAGGGUCUGUCGACAGAACAGGGUGUGUGGUACCAUCCCCUAAGAAUGGUGUUUGGGAUUUAAGACUGACAAAAGAAGAAGAGUUCAAAGUUGGUGGAUCAUCAGUUCACCUCUUUCUAGAGUCGAAGCCUCAGAAGGUUGGGGUGUUUGUGGAUUAUGAGGAGGGUUUGGUCUCAUUUUAUGAUGUAGAUGUUCCAGCUGUCAUCUACUCCUUUACUGGAUGUAAGUUCACUGAGAAACUCUACUCAUAUUUCAAUCCCUGUCAUAACUGUGGUGGUAAGAACUCCACUCCACUAAUCAUUUGCCCCAUCAAUUCUGAUGAUUAGACUGAUCAUAAUUGGAGUCACUGCCAUUUAAAUUACAUAAAUCACUUAAGUAUUAAGUUAAACUACAAUUUGAUUAUAAACAUUGAUGAUAAACAUGACUGAAUUAAUCUGUAUUAAUUUGUAGACUGAAAAACUGUUGAACCGUAUUGUAGAAUGCCCUUAAUAGUACAUUUAUUUUAAAAAGGUUAGUCCACUGUUGCUUCUGCUCCACUAGGAGGCGCCAGAGACAUAGUGAUGAUAUUUAGUGGAACAGUCUCUCUUGUUUAGAAUUAGAAACCACAUUCUAUCUUGUCAUUAAGUUUGGGCAAUUCAGUCUGUUUUGGAAUACAGCCAAAAGCAUGGAAUUGCCUAUAGACCAAAAUUACAAAGAAUAAGUAAAUAAAUAAAAAGAAGUACAUAAGUACAGUACAUGAAUACAUUUAUAAUAUGAAUAAUUACACAAACAUAUGUUAAUUUAAAGUAAAUUGUGACAAAUUGACCAGAAUAGAAUAGACUAGACUAUGAAAAUUCAUAUAUGUCGGAAAUAGUGACUGGUCCUACUGAAAUAAUCAUCAACUUCAGAACCAAACAAAUCAUAAAAGCACCUGUCCUUAUUGGCAGCCACCCAAUUAAAAUAACUGACUCCUUCAAGUUCCUUGGCACACGCAUCAGCAGUAACCAGAAAUGUGACCUCAGCAGCAACCAUCAAAUGCACAAAGCCCCACAGAGACUGUACUUUCUGAGGCAAGAUCUUCUGGUCCAGUUUGACAUAAUUCAGAGUAUCCUAUUACUAUCAAUUACUGCCAUAGGUUCACAAUGCACAUCACAUUUUCUAGUGUCUCCCUUCAGGUCUCUCGGGGACAGGACAGAACACCUCAACCUGAACUUCUUUCCCAAAGCCAUGUAGUUGUUCAAUUCACAAAAGCCUGUCUAAAUCAAACUGUACGGUUUGUGUUGUUGUGCACUGCACUCACAUCACUUCUGUUUGCACUGGCGUUGUAUGUGGUGUACUGUUAGUCAUUCCAUCUGUACUUAAUAAAUAAAUAAUAAUAAUAAUAAUAAAAAUUGGUAAAAGAAAAUUAAAACUAUUCCAACAAAACUGAGAUGAGACUUGAGUUUGAUCAUUCACUCUAUUAUUUUAUGUUAGAUUUUUUAUUAUGCUUUCCAUAUUUGUUCAGUUGAAUGCACUGUGUAAUUUAUAUAUUCUUUCAGGAUUUGUGUUCAGAAGGACAAAAAUCUUCUUGUAAAUUUAUUAUUCAUGUAAAUGCAAAACACAUUUUGUGAGUGUAUAAAAUCCCAUUCAUCAUUAUAGGAGGUAUUUUAGGAAUUUCCUUUGUCAUUUUUACAUAACUGUAUAAUUACAUUGCUUGCAUGUGGAAAUAUUUGUGGUGGCGUGAAUUUUAAUUAAUGGGAAAUACCUUUGAAAAUUAAGCAAACACUGUCUGAGUCUGCAUGGUCGGUCUUCUACUCUCCUUUGGUUCAAGAAAUUCU